CGGCCGCCGCCGCCGGCCGCUUCGGUAGUUCCGGCCCCGUGAUCGCCCCUGCUGGCGGAGCGGCAGCUUGGCACCCAUGGGUGGCAGAGGGGCAGGCGACGACGGCCGCAGCGGCGGGGGGUCGCCGCACGGCUCUCCUGGGUGGAGGACGGAGACCCCCCAGGGUAAAGGUCUAUUCUCAAAUAUCUGGUUCUGGCGAGGUAUGGCUGGAUUCCUUGCUGUUGCUACAGUUUUGAUUUUGUGUAUUCAGUUUGCAGUAAACAGUUCUUCGGAGAAAGAUUUUGCUGGCUGUCCUUCCCUGGAACUCUGUCCGGCAGAUUGGCUUUAUUUCCAGAGGAAAUGCUACUACCUCUCAGAAAGUGAAGCCAACUGGAACUCCAGUCAGAACUUCUGCUCGUUACACAAUGCUUCCCUCCUUGUGAUUGAAAAUCAUCUGGAACUGAAUUUUACGGUGAAGAUAACAAAGCAAGACCCAUGGAUUGGACUUUAUAAAAGAAACAAAGAAUUCUUUUGGAUUAAUGGGAACGCAUUAGAUAACAAACUGAUUGAAGUAAAGGGCUCUGGAAACUGUGCCUAUCUUGAAUCAAAAGGAGUCUCAGCCUCUGGAUGUUCUUUAACCAGGAAGUGGGUCUGUAGCUUGAGUACUAGCUUAGCAUGAUAAAGGUGGGGAAAGCCACCACCUCUGCCACUUACAGGCUAUGUGUAUACUCUGGGACCUGGGAAUGUUUCUCAGCUCCUGCCUAGAGGUGAAUGUCUCUUCUGGUAGCCAGAAUUCUCCGUCCUCUGCUUUUCCACUGUGUCAUUUACAUGAAUUGUUUCAGGGUCUUCAUUAACUUCCAUGCCCUGUUUUCCUAGCUACUGCUCAGCUUUUUGUUUCUUUUCUCCAUGUCAUCAGUAUUUCUUCCAUUAACUCUUUUCUUGUGGGAUCCUAAGCUGCUGCUCUUUCUUUUCCUUUUUGGUGUGUACUUGAAGAUAGUUGUACUGCCUUUCCCUUACCAAGGCUUUGUGUACAGGUAUGUGUUUUGAAGUGGCUCUGCCUGUGUCUCUCAGGUAGUGGAUAAGCCAGUAAUUAGCACUGUUGUUUUAGACAGGAUCACUGUGAACUUUGCUUUCCCAGUUUGAUGGAGUGCAUCUUGUUGUGCAGCUGUGCAUUGUAUUAAAUGUUUUGUUGCUAUUUUGCAUUAAUCUUGUUAAAUUAGCUUGGCUUGGUGUCAGCAGCAAAAUCAUAAAUAGAGAAUAAGAGAAUUAAUAGCAAAGGAUAUUUCAUGAUUACCUCAUCUUAUGCUUCUUGGAGUGUGAGGUUUGCAAACAAAUGGUUAGUUUCUGGCUGGACAAUCAGUUCUUUUGUUCUAUGCACAUACCAUUUUUAAUAUCAACAUCCAGUGCUUUUGAAUUGAUGUGAGCCUGCGCAGAACUGGGGCACAGUCUCACUGCACUCUAUCCACUCAAUAUGCAGCAGGUAAACUGAGGACAGAAAGUGAAAUUUGUCUAGACGAAGCAAAACUACUUAUUUUCAUAGAGGGACUGGAAUAUUCAUGCCAUUCUAGAGAGGGAAGGAUCAGGAAUUCUCAUGUGUAAGAGGAUAAAAUCCUUUCUGCUCAGAAUAAAAUCUGAAAACACUAGACUUUGAUUUUAAGAAUCCCUGAUCAAUAUAGAAUAACCAAUAACCACUGUAGAAUCACCCCAGUAGUAGAAGUUACAAAUGUAUUUUGUUGAGAAAUGUAGGACAGCUCCUCAUCUGGCAGAAAUCAGUGUUGUUCAACUGAUUCAAGUGGAAGAAUACUACCUAACAGAAGUUCAGGAUGUACUUCAGUGUUGUGAUUACUUUCUGCCCAUCUCUUAAGGUGCGCAUGGUUGGUCUUGUCAUCUGGAAUACUAUAGAGUGGACUGCGAACUACGUGGAGCUUUAAAAGGAGCAAGAUUUUUUGAGUAGCCACUAGAGUGCACUGUUGUUUCAGGGAAGGGAAGACAGGUUAUUUGCAGGUUUGACAGGUUAUUUGCAGUAUUUUUUUUGUUCUAUUGGUAAUUAUUUUUGCUUUCACUGCUUUUUUGUGCAAAUUCAAUUGCUGCCCGGUUUUGCUCAUUGUAUUGUAUUGUUUAUUAUUAUUUUCUGUGGCAAUAGGACUUUAGCAUAACAAGACCAUGCAGUAUGAAUGUUGUAAUAACUUGUGUCUUUCAGAUGUUACUUUAUAUAUGAUCACAAGUUUUGCUGUACUACACUUUAUUGCUUGUGUCCUUUAUAUGCACAGUAACAGGACUCUACAGUAUGAAUAGCCUUACUAACCUAUGUUAAUUUAUAUUUAACUAGUAAUUUUCUUGUCCUGCAGACUUUUUAAAUUAAUUAGCUCUGAAGGAUAUGAUAUGUGCAAUAGUUGUGAAAAGGUAUCUAAUUAAAAAACUUUACAGAGCUUCUGAA